ACACACACCACCUUUCUUUUGGUGCAGACACACACACACACACUUUGCCCUACUCACUCAGUCACUCGCUCUCCCCCAUCUCCCUACCAUUCAGUCGUUGUUCUGCAUCCGCUCGGACGCACUCCACUUUAGGUACAGCUCCAGUGUAUUCUCCAUCUCUUCCUCUCCAGUGCAGUGCCUACAGUCACGGGCGUCUUGUUAUGCUCCAGCUCGCACUCAAAGUGAACGCAGAUAGUGGGAUGAUGACUGAAAGGCACCAAAGAGGAAAACAGGGUGAGAAAAGGAAUUAAAAAGGAGUGAAAGGAGAAAGAGGGAGACUGCUCUUGCGUAAAGGUGGAAGGACAGUUUGAUUCAGAGAGAAUUUGGAUUAAACUGGGUGCUUUUCUGCCUCCAAGUUACCAUUAAAGGUAAUGAGAUCAAGAAACCACUGGCUAUCCUCUUGAAACAGCCUGGACCUCAACGCCUCACUAUUCCUUAGACGAAUCACUACCAGCAGUUUCACUCUAGCUCAGUUCUUAACUAGGACUUCAACUCGGGGACCUGAACCUCACAAAUCGCCAAUGCUUACAAGGAACUGCCUGCUGCUGUUCCUGUGGAUUCUUGUCAACGAGGGUUCUGUGUUUUCUUCACGUCAACCUUCAUCCAUACUGGGACGGAGCAGAGGUGCAAGAGAGCGCGGCAGGAGCUCAGUGGGCUCAAUGAGGAAUGGGGCGGCUGGAUUUCAGCGCGUCAAGAGGGGCUGGGUGUGGAACCAGUUCUUUGUCCUGGAGGAGUACAUGGGGUCGGACCCGCAAUACGUUGGCAAGCUCCAUACUGACCUCGAUAAGGGGGACAGUUCGGUGAAGUACACCCUCUCGGGGGAAGGUGCUGGCUCCAUUUUCACAAUUGACCAAACUACGGGGGACAUCCAUGCCUUAAGGAGUCUUGACAGGGAGGAGAAGCCUUACUACACCCUGCGGGCCCAGGCUGUGGACAUUGACACCAAUAUCCCUCUGGAGCCAGAAUCUGAAUUUGUCAUCAAGGUCCAAGAUAUCAAUGACAAUGAACCAAAAUUCCUGGAGGGACCUUAUACAGCCAGUGUACCUGAGAUGUCACCCGUUGGGACGUACGUGACGCAGGUAACAGCCACAGACGCAGAUGACCCAACCUACGGAAACAGCGCCAGAGUCGUAUACAGCAUCCUUCAUGGUCAACCGUACUUUUCCGUUGACCCUAAAACAGGAGUAAUAAAGACGGCUUUGCCAAAUAUGGACAGAGAAGUAAAGGAAGAGUACCAGGUAUUAAUCCAAGCCAAGGACAUGGGCGGCCAACUUGGAGGACUGGCUGGGACCACCAUUGUCAACAUUACCCUCAGUGAUGUUAAUGACAACCCACCCAGGUUCUCUAAAAGCUUCUUUCAUCUAAGAGUUCCUGAAUCCUCUGCCGUUGGGUCUGCUAUCGGCAGAAUUAAAGCCCAUGAUCUAGACAUUGGGAGGAAUGCUGAAGUAGAGUACACCAUUGUUCCUGGAGAUGGAGGCGCUAUGUUUGACAUCACCACCAAUGAGCACAAUCAAGAGGGGAUUAUCAUUCUAAAAAGGCCGUUGGACUAUGAGACCAAGAAGGCGUACACCUUCAAGGUGGAAGCAUCCAACGCUCAUUUGGAUCCCCGGUUUCUGAGCUUUGGGGCUUUCAAAGACACGGCAACAGUGAAGAUUAACGUCUUGGAUGUGGAUGAGCCCCCGGUGUUCAAUAAGCCCUCCUAUGUGAUGGAUGUGUAUGAAGACACGCCCGCUGGCACCAUCAUUGGGGCGGUGACGGCACAGGAUUUAGAUGCCAGCAGCAGCCCAGUCAGGUAUUCCAUCGACUGGAAAAGUGACUUGGACAGCUACUUCGACAUUGAUCCAGUGGAAGGAACAAUUUCCACAAACGAGCUCCUUGACAGGGAGAACAUCGCCCAGCACAAUAUCUCUGUUGUGGCAACAAAACUCAAUAGUCCAGUUCUGACCAGCCGUGUGGCCGUCACAGUGCACGUCCUGGACAUCAACGAGUUCCCUCCUGAACUGGCCAGCCCCUAUGAAACCUUUGUUUGUGAAAAUGCCAAAGUGGGACAGGUGCUUCAAAUCUUCAGUGCAAAGGAUCAAGAUCUACAAAGUGCUGGACAACAGUUCUCCUUCAGAACAUCCAAGGAAGAUGUCAAAAAUAAGAAUUUCACAAUCAGAGACUUUGGGAACAACACAGCUGGAAUUGUCACAAAGCGAAGUGGCUUCAGACGACGUCUGCAGGAGAUCUACUAUUUGCCUGUUGUGAUAGAAGACAACGGCUACCCGCGAAAGAGCAGCACUGGCACUCUAACCAUUCGCGUGUGUGGCUGCGAAUUAGAUGGCUCACUCCUAACAUGCAGCGCUGAGGCCAUCUUUCUGCCUGUGGGGCUAAGCACAGGAGCUCUCAUCGCCAUACUUUUGUGUAUCGUCAUCUUAUUAGUUAUCGUGGUACUCUAUGUGGGCUUGAGACGGCAAAAGAAAAAGGAAACCCUAAUGUCAUCCAAAGAAGACAUCCGAGAUAAUGUGAUCCAUUACGAUGAUGAAGGAGGAGGGGAAGAGGACACACAUGCUUUUGACAUGGGAACCCUUCGAAACCCCAAAGUAGUCAAGGAGAACCUGUUCCGCAGGGACAUCAAGCCUGAGAUGCAACAAGGCCCCAGGCCGCCUGUCUCUCAGGACAGUUCGGAUAUUCGAGACUUCAUCAACCAGAGACUGAAAGAGCACGACACUGACAACUCGGCUCCGCCCUACGACUCUUUGGCUACAUACGCCUACGAGGGUGAUGGUUCUGUAGCUGAGUCUCUGAGCUCUAUCGAGUCUCUUACAAUAGACUUUGAGGAGGAUUAUGACUACCUCAGUGACUGGGGGCCUCGCUUUAAGACUCUUGCAGGGAUCUUUGGAGAGCAGUCAGAAACUCAUUCGGAUUCGACAAACACAGAGAACAAACACUGAUGUUCCUCAAAGGGGGAGGAUGUAACAUUAUUUGAUCAGUUUUUCUAUUUUGUUUUUUCUGCUGUUGCCUCAUGUUUUUUCAUCCUUUCCUUUUAGGUUAUUUUUUAUUUAUUUUUUUUUUUUUUUACAACUCACUGUGUCUCUUUUAGAAGGUCAUUUCACAAAAUUAAUUUCCAAAAUUGUAAAAAAAACUCCAAAAAAAAAAAAAAAAAAACUAAGGGAAAUUUUGUUCACAUGAUUGGAUGAGCAGUCAUUCCAUUUCUUGUUAGUUGAAUGUGGUUUCAAGUCCUACAUUUUCUUCUCUUACGAGGAAGAUGCAUGGAAAUGUUGUCAUUUCCUGGAACAUCCUUUAAAGUGCCUCAAUAUAAUUGUUGUUUCACUUGCUAUUUCAUGGCACAUAUCCAGUAUAUAUUUUUUUCUUUUGUAUAACUCCAUAAGUAAAGCUGAUUCACUCAGCAUGCUGUACUGUGCUCAGACUGGCAUCGAGACCAAUGCUAGAACCUGUGAGGUGAAUGAGCUGGGCCAAGUUUGCCCAAAGAAUGUUUUGAAUGUUAUUUAUUGUUCUAUUUAUUUAUUGUAUGACUGAAUAUGAUUGAAUGUGUGUGUAUUUAUCUAUUUAUCUUUCAAUCAUCAAUUGGUAUUUUUUAUUUUUGGAGACACUUGAGGAUUUUUGUAAUUAAUGAAAAAGGCUUAUGUGAAAAUGUAUGUUUCUGUUAGUUGGAUUCUGUAAAUAGACUUGUACUAGAGUUGUAAAAAAAAAGAUAAAGUUAGGGCUGGCUAAAUGCUAUGGUUUGGUCAUGUAAUGAGCACUGUUUUCUUAAAUAAAUGCCAC